AUGAGGCCAACCAACCGAGCUGGAGCUAUGGUCAAUGGCUUUGAUGCUAUAGCAAAAGGGCAGCACAUUGAACAGACAGGCUUGAAACCACAAUUGCUGCCCUUGGGUUCUGUGUGCAUGGAAAUGAACCCCAAAAAGAGAAGCCAGCGACUAGCAGCCAAUGUGGCCAUGUGUGAGAAGGCAUCUGGUAUGCUUGGGUCUGUCAAUGGACAAGAAAAGUUCCUGAGCCUGGGCACUUCACAUUUUGUGAUGUAUUGCAGAGCUUUACAACAGCAUGCCACAGCACCAGAUGGAUCAAAGCUACAGCCUUUGCCUGAAUUCUUGCCACUCUUGCAGGAAGGGUGGAAGUGGACCAUUCUGUCCUACCAGAUAGAGGAUGAGUUUCCAACCUUCACCUCAUCGUGUCAAGCUACAUUGAACUCUGUGAACUCAGCUGCCAAAAUGGUUGGUGAGGUGGAGUCAAUGCUGCAAAUUGCUGCAUACUUGGAAGCAGGGUCAACCCUACAGGCAGCAGUGGAUAUGGUCAAGUCGACAGCACCUGCUUGUGCAUCCUAUUUGCAGCAAGUGGCAGAUUUUGCAAGGCAGUUCUUGGGAGGCACAGGCUUCCCUUUGCUCAAGCAACUCAAGGACUACUGUUUGAAAUUUGGGCCUACCAUUUUGGUAGGGGAGGACAACAUGGCCUUGCUCGCCUACCAUGACUUCAGAGUGCAAGGUGAUCAGAUGUUGUUCACCAGAUUGGCCUUGCUCACAACCAUGUUGACAACCACCAAGGUGUCAGAUGGGGUAUCCAAGCUUAUAGUCAAAUCUGACUUCGACAAAAUGACCAGGUCCCUUCAAAAACAGGCUGUGCAGAUGGAGCGCAUACUCAGAGAGGCCUGGAGGCAAGAGGACCACCAUGUCACCCCAGAGAGGAAGGCUUCUGCUUUUGGAAAGCUUUCAGUGAGGAUGUGCUUGCUUUUGCUUGGCAAGCAGAAGUUUGGGAGGGACCCUGUGCUGGAUAGCUUUGAAGAGAUCACCAAGAUGUAUGGUGAGGACCUUGCAGGCACAAAGCCUGAGGUGUCCUUGAGCUCUUCCACCACUGCCAAGCCAAAAUGUCAGCCAGUCAGGGACCUCCUCAAUGCUUCUGCUCAAGAGGUUGCCCUGCUGCAGAAUUCGCACCUUCACUUGGAUGGAAGGUAUCAGCACAAAGACUACCCAGAGAUUGUCUUCACAUUGGCUGAAGUGACAGAUGGGCAGUGCAAGUUCCUCCACAAGCCAUUGUUUGGUGAGGAGGUCAGUGUGCUAGUGGACUUUGCAGAUGUGAAGACAUGGAAGGCUACCAAAAGACAGGCUUCAACCUUGAUUCCCAAAGAUGUUGCAAUGUCCAGGUUGGCCUGGAAAACACCAAGCUGGGUGGCUGAGCAAAUGAAGACCUACACCCAACAGGUUGUGAAUAAGACUUUCUUGGACAAGCUGCCUGAGGUGGAGCUCCAGUUCUCUUUGUUCCCAUGUGCUGUGCACACUGCCACCAAAAUCAAAAAGAAUGACUUGCAACUCUACCCUGUGGGCACCAUCCAGCCUGUCAAGGAUUCUGAGUCGCACAAGCUCAGAGGCAUCCCUGUUCAGUACAAAGGUGCCAAGUUCCAGAUCAUGCCACCCAGGGCUUUGUCUUCAUUGGAGGAAGAUGUUCCUGGCACAUUGGUGCCCUUUCAUUGCCUGAGCCAAACUGAAGAUGAAUCAGAAGUCAACAUGCAGUUGAAGUGGAUGACUGUGAAGGGGGUCUCCAUCCCCAGCUUUAUCAAUUCAGCAAGCUUGGCAGCCAAUGCUACUUUGUGCAUUGUGAAGCAGCCAUGGGAAUUUCCUGGCUCGACUGCUUCUGUUUCCACUCCUGUCAAGAAGAGAAAGACAAACUGA